AAAAAAUCUGAAGAACAUACAAGCGCCAUACAAGUGUGUCAUCACAACUAAAAGAAAACAUUAUUAAUCGCCAUAUUGCUAUGAAAGGAAGUGACAAUAACCACUAAGUCUUGCUUGAUAAAAUGUAAACGUGAAACGUAGAUCGCGUGGUGUUUUACACAUUCAGGAACAAUGUGGACCUCCCCCUUGCUCGUUACGUUGGUAACUCUAGUUUCCACAGUGACAACGUCAGCGGACUCAAGCGUCAAGUGCGGUGUCCCGAAGGUGAUUCCUGCCACGUCACGUGUCGUCAACGGACAGGAAGUCAGGCGUGGGGCGUGGCCAUGGAUGGUACUCCUCCAGGAAAUGACCACCUCUGUAUGUGGAGGCGCCAUUUUGAACAAACAUCUCAUCCUGACAGCAGCACACUGCUUUGACGACAUGGUCAGUAGAAGCGUUGGGCGGUGGCGGGCAAUAGGCGGCAAGCACCAUACUGAUCGGUACGACAUCACGCAACGAACGUACCACGUGAAGAAGCUCGUGAUGCACGAACAUUACGAUAGCCACAGCAUCCUUAAUGACAUAGCCCUACUCGUGCUGCAUGAGACGAUCGACUACACCGACUACAUCCGGCCUGUGUGUGUGCCAUCUUCCUCGGAGGCUCUCUACGUGGGCCAGCACUGCUACCUGGCGGGGUGGGGAGAUACGCUGGGGACCGGCAACGGCAACGUCCUAAACCAGGCUGUUCUCCCUGUGAUCAGCGACAACACGUGUAGCAGGCCUGACUGGUACGGUGCGGAGUUCACACCCAGUACCAUGCUGUGUGCUGGCUACGAGGCGGGCAGGAAGGAUGCGUGUAGUGGAGAUAGUGGCUCGCCCCUGGUCUGCAAGCACGGGGAUGCAUGGUACGCCCAGGGUAUAGCAAGCUGGGGUUACGGCUGCGCGGAACCCAAGUGGCCUGGACUCUACACGGAGGUGUCCAAGUAUGUAGACUGGAUUCAAGCCAAGGCCACAGAGUUGGGCUACCCAAUAAACUAACUAAGUCCAAAUUCAUCUUUCGUUCACUAUUUAAUGAAGCAAACUUGACAUUAGAAAUAACCAAUGCAAUACUUACUUAUUGGCUUCACAAAUCAUUGAUUUCACAUCCUACACGUACACUUCUACACUUCUACACGAUGUAGCGUGGGAUUCCUCUCAUGUAUCCAUUGUUAAUCCACUCUGAACCAUGCGUUGUUGAUCAUUUGUCUUCCAAAUAAAUUUAGUUAAAGCUGUU